AUGGCCGGCCAAGUGCGACAACCAAUCGAUAUAGCCUCGUUGGAGCGCUACAUAGCUGAAAAUGUGCCUGAGAUUCAAAUCCCGCUGGAUGUCAAGCAGUUCGGAUACGGACAGUCGAACCCGACAUACCAAUUGACGGACAAGAAUGGCAAGAAGUAUGUUAUGAGGAAAAAGCCCCCGGGCCAGCUUCUUUCAAAGGUUGAUGGCGCAAUGCUGAGUUGUGUACAGACAGCACACAAGGUCGACCGCGAAUACCGUAUCCUCCACGCCCUGGAAAACACCGACGUCCCUGUACCUAAAACCUUCUGUCUGUGUCAAGAUGAUAAGAUCGUUGGUACCGAGUUCUACAUCAUGGAGUUCCUCGACGGCCGCAUCUUCGAGGACCCAGUGAUUCCAGAUGUAACGCCAGAGGAGCGAACGAAGAUGUACAUUUCCCCCUCCCACACCUCCCAUACAAACACUAACAAUCUCCCCAGGUGGCACUCCGCCAUAACAACUCUCGCGAAAUUCCACCGCGUGUCCCCCUCCUCCGUCAACCUCUCCACCUACGGCAAGCCCUCAGGCUUCUACAACCGGCAAAUCGCCACUUUCAACACCAUCUCCGAGUCGCAAGCUGCCGCUAAAGACAAAGAAACUGGCGAAACCGUCGGCAAAAUCCCCCAUCAGGAUGACAUGGUCGCCUUCUUCAAGGACGCGUCUACCCAGCCCCAAGACCGCGCCACCUUCGUCCACGGCGACUACAAAAUCGACAACGUCGUCUUCCACAAAACCGAGCCUCGCGUGAUUGGCAUCCUGGACUGGGAAAUGUCCACCAUCGGCCACCCGCUGUCCGACAUCAACAACCUCCUCUCACCCUAUUUGACUGCGUCCAGCGAGAAGGCAAAGUCCAUUGGCCGCGCACACACGGGUUUCCAGCCUGGCGCCACGCCGGGUCUGCCUACCCGCGAGCAGUUGGUCGAGUGGUACAGCGAGGUGGCGGGCUGGGAUCCGCGCCCGGAUUUCACCUGGGGCGAUGCGUUUACCACGUACAGGACUGCGGUUAUCAUGCAGGGGAUUGCGGCGCGGUAUGCGCUGAGGCAGGCGAGCAGUGAGCAGGCGAAGAGCUAUGGGCAGAUGAUGAUGCCGUAUGCGGAGAUUGCGUGGGAUUUGGUGCAGGAGUAUAAGAGGGGACAUACGGAGAAGGCGCGGUUAUAG